GCAAUCACGGCGUCUCCAAUAGCAAUGACGCAACACAGCGAUGCGUCUAGUGACCGGUCGGAGGCAUCCGUAACACCUCCACCAUCCGAACCGAAAAUGAUCGAUUUCAAUCAACCCAACCUGAGCUUCUUCAACAUAGAGCACCGCAACAUGCUGACCGCACCGCUGGCCGCGCUCCACUCGAUGACCGAGAUGAAACAGCACCAGACCCAUCACCGGGCCCAAGAGAAGAACGAGACCGACGUGCUGCUGGAGCGUACAAGUUUGCACGUAGAACGCUCCGGCCUGACGUCCCGGAGUCCACUUGGUGCCACCAGCAACAGCAACAGCUCGCAGGGCGCCAAUCCGCACGGCAUCGAUCAUAUACUGUCCAGGCCGUCACAAAUCACAACCGGCCCGUUGCACUUUCCGCACAAUCUUGGCUUUCCGCAGAACACGCUGGGCAUGGCGUCGAACAGUGCCCAAACGGCUUCGAAUCCGAGCUUUCGUAGAUUUAAUUUUGCGGCCGCACUGUUCCAUCAUCACGCCAACACCAUGAACAAGCCUCCGGUCGAGCUGGGCGCCGGAGGGAUUUAUUGGCCCACACUGCCCGGACUUGGACCCUUCACACAGAGAGACAGAUCCUGUACACUUAAUCAAAACAACAUGGGCGGAAUGGGUGUUGACAAGGACGCAAAGAAGAAACAUACGAGGCCCACAUUCUCCGGACAACAAAUCUUCGCAUUAGAAAAGACAUUUGAACAAACCAAAUAUCUGGCAGGCCCCGAGAGGGCGAAGUUGGCGUACGCCCUGGGGAUGACAGAAUCACAAGUAAAGGUGUGGUUUCAAAAUAGACGUACCAAGUGGCGAAAAAAGCACGCGGCCGAAAUGGCCACGGCGAAGAGGAAACAAGAAGUGUUGGACAAUCAAACAGAUGAAAAUAGCGACAUAAUAUCGGACAAUGAGGAAGAACAUGUUGCCAAAAGACCGAACCUACAAUGAGUUUUAAUGAUUGUAAUAUAUUAUUGAUAAUUGAAGACUAACAGAUAAACGUUUUUUGUAAAUAUGAUGAAAAAUUAGUGAUCUCAGUGUUUCGUGAAUUUUGUGCGUGGAUGAGAAUGGACGUCGAAAUAUGCACAUUUGUAAAAAUAUUGAUAAUAUAAAUAUAUAUAUAUAUAUAUGUAUACGUAUUUAGUGCUAUUUAAUACAUCUGUAAACAAAGCUAAGAUGUGUACAGUUUUAAGAAAAACAAAAUAACAUCUGGAAAGUUUUAA